AUGGGCUUUUUCGACCAGUUUCAGAAAGGAGGGGCCACGGCCCUCCCGCCGCAAAAGCCGCAAAUUCGCAAAGUCACUCGACAAACACCUGCAAAAUCGGCGCCACCAACUCCAGAAGCCCGCUCCCCUCGAGUCCAGUCCUUGUCAGAGCGCAGUCGUAAAUCGAAACUGUUAAAGGCCCGAUCUGUGUCCAGUGACCUGGAUGCUCGUCCCGCCAAGCGGCUGAAUACCCCGGUUCGCGCAAAGAAGCGGCCAACUCCAGAUACUCGUCUAUCCAGUGAUGACGAUGCCAGCGAUACCGAUGCAUCCUUUGAAGUGCGCAAGCGUGCUAGGACAAGUGCCAGUGCGGAACCUGAUCCGGAGCGACGCUUACGCUCCGUGAAGGCAUUUUCGGAGGAAGGCUCUCGGCCAUUUAAGAUGGUACAUGGCGCCGAUAUCACGUCGGGUCAGAAGGCCGGGAAAUUCAAGCCAGCAUUUGGAGCUCAGGGAAAUUCCUCGGAUAUUCUCUUGCAGUAUCCUAGUGCUUCGCAAAAAGAGAAGUUCAACUGCGUUGUUCCCCGAGAAAGUGACGAGUUCCGACCUAUCGACGACAUCGUUCAGGUCAUAGAAACCGUGUCGGAUAAUUACAUUCCGGCCGAAGAGGCGGACGAGUUCAACAACGAAGCCACUGGUAUCAGACGGCGCGUACGAAGGGCCCUUGCGGUAAAAUCGGAAAGCCAAUUCCGAGAGGCUGUGAAUGACUACAACAAGGCUGUUGAGCGUUUAAGAAUCAGUGGUAGUCUUGCGAAACAUUUGGAUGCUACACAGCGUAUUGGGCUACCCUGGGUGGAGCGAGUCUUGACUCAGACAUAUGCGCGCACGGUAUCUCCUCGAGUGGACUCUCUACGGCAGUACGAGAAUGGCACAGACAACGUCUACGGAGAACUUCUCCCUCGAUUCAUCACCAAGAUUUUCAAGGAGACCAAUCUGAAGUCGGGCCAAGUUUUUGUCGACCUUGGCUCUGGCGUGGGCAACGUUGUCCUCCAGGCCGCACUUGAGGUUGGAUGCGAGAGUUGGGGAUGUGAGAUGAUGGCCAACGCAUGCGAUCUGGCGGAGUUGCAGCAAUCUGAGUUCAAGGCGCGAUGUCGACUGUGGGGUAUCGUUCCGGGCAAGACGCAUCUUAUUCGCGGUGACUUUCUUGAGCAGAAGAGUAUCAUCGAUGUCCUGAAACGAGCUGACGUGGUGCUCAUCAACAACCAGGCGUUUACGCCGCAGCUCAACAAUGAGUUGAUCAAUCACUUCCUUGAUAUGAAAGAAGGUUGCCAAAUCGUUUCGCUCAAGUCAUUUGUCCCCGCUGGCCACAAGAUCCAGUCUCGCAAUCUCAACUCCCCUAUCAACCUGCUCAAAGUUCAACAGAAGAACUACUGGUCGAACAACGUCAGCUGGACCGAUGUUGGUGGCACAUACUUUAUUGCCACCAAAGACAGUUCUCGACUCAAAGCCUUCAUGGAUGACAAUUAA